GUAAGAUUGGAUCUUUGACGUGAUUGCGUCUAACAACCUUCUUAAGAGGGCCCCAAAUGUUUGGCAAUUAUCCGUCAAUCCCCGAAGUCGCGAUUUAGAAGGCGUCUAUCUCACGCACCGCGAAGUGACCGCUGACGACUGAACGAUAUAAAAGGUCUCUAGCUUGUGGAGAAUAUUCAUCUCGAAGCCCCUGCCUCCUUCAGACGCGUUCACCAUGUCUAACGUCGCUUCUCUUCUAUGGCUCGUUUUCCUCGCGAAGAUUGUUGCAUCCGCACCAGCAUCCGUCGACGCGUCUGUUUCUAAUUCUGACGUCGCCACAUCCGCCAAAGCGUCCACCUCUGGUACGACCAUCGCGAGCACCACCAAUAGUGCUCUAGAAGCAACAGCGACUGUCGGUUUUAUUUCUACUGACGCCAAUGAUGUUCUAUGGGAUGAAGAGAGCAGGUCUUCGGUGGUCACCGCCGAGCGCGGUAAACUCGGAGCUUCCAUUAUGGGACCGGAUAACAUACCAAUGGACCUGCAAAAUCCCGACUUCCUUGCGCCACCAACCACUGACUCCGGCUCUGUGCCAAACGCCAAAUGGCCCUUCGCCCUGAGUCAUAACCGCUUGCAGACGGGAGGUUGGGCCCGUGAAGAGAAUAUCGGCGUCAUGCCUAUCGCGACGGAAAUGGCCAGCGUCAACAUGCGACUCGAAGCAGGCGCCAUUCGCGAAUUGCACUGGCACAAGACCGCAGAGUGGGCGUAUGUUCUAAAAGGAUCCACACAAAUUACGGCAGUCGAUACUGAAGGACGAAACUACGUUGCCACUGUGGGACCCGGUGACUUGUGGUACUUCCCUCCUGGUAUCCCUCACUCAUUGCAGGCGACCGGGGAUGACGGAGGAGGCUCUGAGUUUAUUUUGGUAUUUGAUGACGGAGCUUUCAGUGAAGACUCCACGUUCCUGUUGACAGACUGGCUAGACCACGUUCCCUAUGAAGUCCUCCAAAAGAACUUCCAGGUCGGUAACCCGGACGCAUUCGCACACAUCCCCAAGGAUGAACUCUACAUUUUUCCAAGCAUGAUUCCCGAGGAUGAUGCCUCAGCCCCGGAAAGUCCCCAAGGAACCGUCCCGAAUCCUUAUUCGUUCCCUUUGUCGAAGGCCAAUGCCACUCAACUAUCGGGAGGCUCAGUCAAAAUUGUGGAUUCUACGUCAUUCACAGUUUCGAAGACUAUUGCGAUGGCAGAAGUUAGAGUCGAGCCUGGUGCGAUGCGGUAUUUCUGUCUUACUUUAAUACAUAGAAUUGUUUUCACUGAACCGUGGUCGCUUAGGGAACUGCAUUGGCAUCCUACUAUGGACGAGUGGAGCUUCUUCAUUGAGGGUACAGGAAGAGUGACACUGUUCGCAUCUGAAGGGACUGCCAGGACGUUCAACUACCAGCCUGGUGAUAUUGGCUACGUUCCCGCAGCUUACGGGCAUUACGUCGAGAAUACCGGCAAUACGACAUUGAAGUUCCUAGAAAUCUUCAAAUCCGAUCGUUUCGAGGACAUCAGUCUCAAUCAGUGGUUGGCCUUGACUCCUCCCGCGGUAGUGAAAGCACAUUUGAACAUAGAUGACGCGACAAUUAGCCAACUCUCCAAAGUCAAACCAGUCGUAAUUGGACCUGGCGCUUGAUAUCUACCUUAAAAUAUGUACUUAUCCGGGAUCACGAUUAAAAUUGGAAGGACUUUAGAAUUUAUAAGUAUAUUUUCAAUGAGUAUCUGAAUUUGCUUUUAGUAUUAUUGAAUACGUGUAAAAUCACACCAGAGCAAAUUCGCUGCAUUAAAGCUGAACCCGUUUUCCCGGUAAAUC